AUGCCUUCCCAAAAACCCGAAGAACGUGGCGAGUCAUCAAACUCAGUCACAAAAGCAGCUCUCGCCGCUUCUACCAAUGGUGCCCCAAAUUAUGAGCUCCCAUGGGUGGAAAAGUACCGACCGGUCUUCCUCGACGAUGUUGUCGGCAACACAGAAACGGUCGAGCGACUAAAGAUUAUCGCCAGAGAAGGAAACAUGCCUCACGUUAUCAUCUCGGGUAUGCCAGGUAUCGGAAAGACCACCAGUGUUCUAUGUCUGGCCCGGCAACUCUUGGGCGAUUCGUACAAGGAGGCGGUUCUGGAACUCAAUGCCAGUGACGAGCGAGGUAUUGAUGUCGUCCGAAACCGAAUCAAGGGCUUUGCGCAAAAGAAGGUCACCCUACCUGUUGGCCGCCAUAAACUUGUCAUUCUCGAUGAAGCCGACAGCAUGACUUCAGGUGCUCAGCAAGCCCUUCGACGAACUAUGGAAAUUUACUCCAACACAACACGAUUCGCGUUCGCCUGCAACCAGUCCAACAAGAUUAUCGAGCCCCUACAAUCACGAUGCGCCAUCCUGCGAUACGCCAAGUUGACAGACGCUCAGGUUUUGAAGCGACUGAUGCAAAUCAUUGAAGCUGAAAAGGUGGAAUUCAGCGAUGACGGCCUAGCUGCACUGGUCUUUAGCGCCGAGGGAGAUAUGCGACAGGCUAUCAACAACCUCCAGUCUACGUUUGCCGGUUUCGGUUUCGUAUCAGGAGACAAUGUCUUCAAGGUUGUCGACUCACCCCACCCGAUCAAGGUGCAGGCAAUGCUGAAGGCUUGCUAUGAAGGCAAGGUUGACUCUGCACUUGACACGCUCCGAGAACUCUGGGAUUUGGGUUACUCGAGCCACGAUAUUAUCAGCACUAUGUUCAAGGUCACAAAGACAAUCCCCACGCUGAGCGAACACUCGAAGCUGGAGUUCAUCAAGGAGAUUGGUUUCACGCAUAUGAAGGUCCUGGAAGGCGUGCAGACACUGCUUCAGCUCAGUGGAUGCGUUGUUCGCUUAUGCAAGAUCAACAUGGACCCCAAGCGUUUUAGAGUGUAA